UUCGGUUUGGAGAAAGAUGGUGAGAUUCCACAGAAUAAGCAGAGGUUUGAAGAGGCUGCGUCUUUGAUGUAGGAGUAGUCGCCGAAGCCACGCUCACGAUGAGGCUGCUCCGAAGACAUUACGGCCCACUGAAGUUGGCUUUGGGGGGCAUUGCCUUUGUGGUCUUCCUCUUCAUCAUGCAAAGGGAUGUGAGCAAUGGGGACCAAAGGGAGGAGCCUUGGCUAAAGAACGUUGUGGUCAGGAAAGACCAAAUGAUUGACAUAAUGAUGGGAGCCGUCAACAACAUCCAGGACUCCAUGCCAAAGCUGCAGAUUGGGGCUCCGGUUCAGCAAGAGGUGCCUGUCUGGGACAGCAAGUCCUGCCUGCCGGGAUAUUACACACCAGCAGAACUGAAGCCCUUCAUGGAACGUCCACCUCAAGACCCCAAUAGCCCAGGAGCUGAUGGCAAACCUUUCAAGAAGGACCAGUGGACACCAGAGGAGAUGAAAGAGAAAGAACGUGGCUACGACAAGCACUGUUUCAAUGCCUAUGCCAUAUUACAGUAG